AUUUUUCACUAAGAAUGUAGCAGAGGGAGGGAGGUUACCAGGUCACCAAGGACCCAGAAGCCAAUUGUGUGUCAUCAAGCAAGCCAGGCAAUAAUAGCAGGGUCUAGAAAGGGAUGGAGAUCCUGUGCUGCUGCCAGCAUCCUCUGUGAAGGGAAAUAGUCCAGUCAUCCACUGCCGUGUGACAGGCUGCCCCAUCUUGGUGACUUAACAUGGAACCAUUUUAUUGUGCUCACAAAGUCCUUAGGGAGUGUGGAGUGAGACCCCUGGGGAGUAUCGAGUAAGAGGGUGCUUGUGACAGGGCUCCUGGGAAGACUUCAGCACCGAGGUAGGACUUGUGUGGUGGAGACUGAAAUUAUCUGGACGCUUCUUCACUGUCGCCUGUGGUGCCUGGUGUGGAGGACUCCAAAGGCUCAUCUGCGACUGUUCAUAGCAACCUUGUCUCCAUGGCGGCUAUCUAUGAAUGACUUGGGCCUCCUCACAGUUUGGUAGCAUCGAGAGGAGAGGACUUCCCUGAUGGAGGCUCAGGGCUUCAAGAGUAUCUGCAGGGAGCAAGGUCAAAAUGUAGAACACUUUAUGUCAUCACCCAUAUCUUCAGGCUCCAGAAAUUUCCACCACCAUGAAGACCAGAACCUAAUGCAUAUGUGGCAUCGAAGGAGUUCGGGGGAGAAACCGUGCCAGGCCACCCCUGACAUCUACUUUGUCCUGGAUAAGUCUGACCGCAUGUCAAAGGCCUGGCCGCACGUUUACAAGUUUGUGGUGGAGGUGGUGAACAGGUUGUCAAAGGGUCACAUUUCCAUAGGCUUCAGAAUCUUUCAUGAAAUAUACUCAGUGGGAUGCCUACUGGAUAAGGCCUCAAAGGACCUGCGGGUGUCCAUCAUCACCUACUCCUGUAAGGGCAACAUCAUCCUCCCCAUCACUGGAGACAGAGAAGAAAUCCUCAAGGGUCUUGGAAGAGUGAAGUAUAGCAUCCCCGCAGGACAUGAGCAUGUUUACAGAGGACUGUGGAAGGCAAAUAAUCAGAUUAAAAAGGUCAACUCGGGAGGUGUCCAGCGUCCCAGCCUGAUUAUCUGCUUGCUCAACAGCCCUCUGGAUGAUGAUAACUAUAAGUACUCGUUGGUGGAGGCUAAUGAUGCUCGGAAAUUGGGAGCAACUAUAUACAGUGUGGGUGUGGGCCACUCUAGGAGAAAGCAGCUAAUAGGACUUGCAGAAAAUCCAGAAAAUGCAUUUACAGAUAAGAAAGCUGAAUACCUGAAGGACCUCAUUUUCCCAAUAGCUUCCAAGGUCUGUCCAUCCCUUAAAUCUACAGACACCCCCCAUAUAUGUAUCAGAGAAUCAAGACCAGUGGUUCUUCGUGGACAUGGCUUUGACUUUGCCAUGCGUAAAGAGGAGGUCAUUUGCAGGUUCUAUUUAAGCGACAUGAAUAUGAGUGUCAAAGAUGUAAAAGCCAUCAAUUUAACCAAGACUACUGUUACUUGUCCUGGACCAAUCGUAGAGCUGCCAGGAAAUGUCUGUCUCUGUGUUAGAGUGAUCUCUGUUCUACUCAGCCUGGACAAUGGAAGAAACUUCAUGAAUAACAACGUAUUCGUUGCCAGCAAGCUAUGUGGUGCAGUCCUGCACACAACCAAAACCACCACCACAACUACAACUACAACCACAACCACAAGGAGGCCCACAACUACAACAACACGUAGGACGACCACAACUACAACUACAACUACGACUACGACUACUACCACAACCCCAUCUACCACCACAACCACACCUACCACGACCACAACCACACCUACCACGACCACAACCACGCCGACCACGACCACUCUGCCGACGACCACUGAAAGCCCCACCACCAAACCUACCACCCCUUUGGUCACAGAGGAACUGAAGCCCAGCAGCGAUAAGUUCAUUUUUGCCCCUAUACUCCUGGCCCUGCUGCUGACUCUGUUGUUGAUUGGUUGUUUCUGGCAGCUGUGCUGUCUUCCGCCUGUCGAGGAGCUGCCCCCACCUAAGCCCCAGCCACAGCCCAGAGAGAAGAAGCCACCGUCUGCUCCAGUGUCUCCCCCGGCACCAGCACCAGCACCACCUGUAAUUCCGUCCCCCAUUAUCAUCGUCUGCUGCUGCACCUGUGGUGGCCUGUAUGUGAGCAGAGACAUGGAGGGCAAUGUGACUGUGUGCAACUUCAACCCCCUAUGCUGCCACCGGUUGCCAUUGAUGUGGCCUCAUUCUGGUGACCAGGGGCGGUGCACCAACAUUGCCUUCCUGAAGGCUCUCUGUGCUCAGGACCCCUGCAGCCCCAGGGUCAGCCUGCCACCAAGCCGAGAGCAUCUGCCUCUAGUCUCCUGCUCUCAGAGCCACCAGUUCCUAAGCAGCUGCUCCAGGCACCCAUCCAGGUUGCAGCUGCUCACCCCUCCCUCCUGUGUUCCCAGAGCCCACCUGUCACUCCCGCCUAUGUAGGGAACCUCUCAGGUGCCACGGAGCCAAGACUGGGAAGUCUUUCCUGCUGUAUUCUGGGUAUCAGGGCUAGCAUUUUAAUAAAGGAAAUACUAGACUGGA